UACGUCAUCCCGUGGAUGAGGGCGGGGCCCUCUUGGGAGCAGGGAGGGGCGGGGCCUAGCAGGUGGGGCGGGGCCGAGGCUCCCGGCUGGACAGCGGGGUCGCGGCGCUGCUGCUGUGGAGCUGGUGCGCAGCGGCGGCCGGCAGCGCGUGCGGUUCCCUCGACGCUCGGUGCCCAGCGCGUGCCCGGGGCGCCCGCUCAGCGUAGAGCCCGCCGCAGCGGGGUCGGGCGGUGGCAGCGGCGCCAGGACCGGGAUCGGGAAGCCUGGGAGCAGCGCGGCGCCUACCUGAGCUCGGGGCCGGGCGCGGCGAGCAGGAGAGCGGGCCGUCCGGGCUCCUCCUCCGCGUCCCCUCGGGUCGGCCUCCCGCACCUGCGCGCCGCUGUCCAUCCCUGGGCCGCCGCUCACCUGGCGGAGCGGGGCGGGGCGGUGCCGCGGGAGGCGCAGGUGGAACCGGGCGGCAGGAGCCGCGGCGCGGGCACCAUGAGCACCGGGGCCAACAUCACCUACGCCAGCCGCAAGCGGCGGAAGCCGGUGCAGAAAACAGUAAAGCCUGUCCCUCCUGAAGGAAUCAAGUCCAAUCCCUCCAAGCGACAUAGAGACCGACUGAAUACAGAGUUGGACCGCUUGGCCAGCCUGCUGCCCUUUCCACAAGAUGUUAUUAAUAAGCUGGACAAACUCUCCGUUCUUAGGCUCAGUGUCAGCUACCUGAGGGCCAAGAGCUUUUUUGACGUUGCCUUAAAAUCCUCCUCUGCUGACAGAAAUGGAGGCCAGGAUAAGUAUAGAACACAACUCAGAGAUGGUCUGGACUUGCAAGAAGGAGAAUACUUACUACAGGCACUCAAUGGCUUUGUGUUGGUUGUCACAACUGAUGCUUUGGUCUUUUAUGCUUCUUCUACUAUCCAAGAUUACCUGGGAUUUCAGCAAUCUGAUGUCAUUCAUCAGAGUGUAUAUGAGCUUAUCCAUACGGAAGACCGAGCUGAAUUUCAGCGUCAGCUACACUGGGCUUUAAACCCCUCACAAGGCACAGGCUCUGGACAAGGAGUGGAUGAAGCUCUUGGCCUCCCACAGCCAACCAUGUAUUGUAAUGUAGACCAGCUUCCUCCAGAAAACUCUCCUUUGAUGGAGCGGUGCUUCAUAAGCAGGCUACGGUGUCUGCUGGAUAAUUCGUCUGGUUUUCUGGCAAUGAAUUUCCAAGGGAGACUGAAGUAUCUUCACGGGCAGAACAAGAAAGGGAAGGAUGGAACGACUCUUCCUCCACAGCUGGCUCUGUUUGCAAUAGCUACUCCUCUGCAGCCACCGUCCAUACUUGAAAUCCGCACCAAAAACUUCAUCUUCAGGACCAAACACAAGCUGGACUUCACACCUCUUGGUUGUGAUGCCAAAGGGCAGCUCAUUCUAGGCUAUACGGAAGUAGAGCUCUGCACAAGAGGAUCCGGGUAUCAGUUUGUUCAUGCCGCUGAUAUGCUUUACUGUGCUGACUCCCAUAUCCGCAUGAUUAAGACUGGAGAAAGUGGCAUGACAGUUUUCAGGCUUCUUGCAAAACACAGUGGCUGGAGGUGGGUCCAGUCCAAUGCACGCUUGGUUUAUAAAAAUGGAAGGCCAGAUUACAUCAUCGCAACUCAAAGACCACUAACGGACGAAGAAGGAAGGGAGCAUUUACAGAAGCGAAGCCUGACGCUGCCCUUCAUGUUUGCAACCGGCGACGCUGUGUUGUAUGAGAUCUCCAGCCCUUUCCCUCCCAUCAUGGAUCCCUUACCGAUAAGGACUAAAAGCAGCACUAAUGGAAAAGAUUGUCCCAUCCAGUUGGCUCCUAAUACCGAUUCCCUGAACCCCAGUUCUCUCAUAAAUGCCAUGAUGCAACAAGACGAGUCUAUCUAUCUCUGUCCUGCUUCAGGUUCUGUACCUUUAGAAAGCCAUUUUUUCAACAGCUCCAUGACUGAGUGCAGCAGUUGGCAAGACAGCAUCACACCAAUAGGAAGCAAUGUGUUGCAGCAUGAGCAAGCUGGAUGUGCCCCAGACAUGAAUCCCACACCUUCCGCAGGCCACCCUGGGCUCUUUGCAGAAAAUAAAAAUAGUGAAUUGUAUAGUAUCAUGAAAAACCUAGGAAUUGAUUUUGAAGAUAUCAGAUGCAUGCAGAGUGAGGAGUUUUUUAGAACUGACUUUUCUGGGGAGGUUGACUUCAGAGACAUCGACAUAACAGAUGACAUCUUGACGUACGUCCAAGAUUCUCUAAGUAAGUCGACGUUGCUGAAUUCAGAUUGCCAACAGCAGCAGUCUGUGGCGCUCAAUCCAAGCUGUAUGCUUCAGGAACGCAUACAGUUGGAACAGCAGCAGCUACAGCACCACCAAAAGGAAGUGGUGGUGGAGCCCCAGCAACAGCUUUGUCAGAAGAUGAAGCACAUGCAGGUCAACAGUAUGUUUGCAAAUUGGAACUCUAACCCAUCCAUGCCUUUCAGUUGUCCACAGCAGGAGCUAAAGCAGUAUAAUGUCUUUCCAGACUUACAUGCCGCUGAUCAGGAGUUCCCCUACAAAUCUGACCUUAUCGAUAUGCCUUACACACAGGACUUAGUUCCCUCUAAUCAGGCUAUGCUACCGCAACAUUCCAAGUGUGUACAAUUGGACUUUCCUGUAGGGAACUUUGAACCAUCCCUACAAUACCCCACUAAUUCUAGUAUAAAAGAUUUUGUCACUUGUUUACAAGUUCCUGAAAACCAAAAGCAUGGACUAAAUCCACAGUCAACCAUGGUAACUCCUCAGAUGUACUGUGCUGGGGCCAUGUCCAUGUAUCAGUGCCAGCCAGAGCCUCAGCACCCUCCCGUGGAUCAGAUGCAGUACAGUCCUACAGUUCCCGGCCACCAGGCAUUUCUAAACAAGUUUCAGAAUGAAGGACUUCUAAAUGAAACUUACCCGGUAGAAUUAAGCACUGUUAGUCACACUCAGACUGCUGCACAUCUUCAGCCUUUGCAUCAUCCAGCAGAAGCCAGGUCAUUUCCUGACCUCACACCCAGUGGAUUCCUGUAGCCUAAGCCCAGUGUUCACCCUGAUUCUUGGAUCAAAUUCAUUCAUGAAGGGUCACAGGACACUGAGACUAUUAAUGUUAGGCAUCUGCAUUCAUUCUAAACCAAAUUUUAAUCUUUGUAUUUAGAAAAGGGGUUUAGAAAUAUUAUUACCAUUACUUAUGAAACAAUAGGUAGAGCAGGAACUCCGUGGGAGCGUGGGAAGACGUAGCAUGUUUAUGUUGUCCAGCACCACAAGGUUCGCAUUAUGGAGAACUUUCUCUGUGCAAUGAUUUCUGCCAGAAAAAGUGAAGUACUUAGAGUUUUGAAAUUUUGGCUAUAAUAUAAUAUAUCCAAUUAAUGUUGCAUAUACCAGUAUACCAAAUACAAAGUUACAAGACUGACUGUUUUCCCUAUAUUUUUAGCCUCUGCUUUUAUCUCAGAUGUUAAAAUAAAUGGUUUGGUGCUUUUUGUAAGAAGAUAAUUGCAAUGUUCCUUUCUGCACUGUUAAUCUAAGUGCCUCACAUUUUUUUCUACAUGUAACACAGUCGGGUGUAUAUUUUAUAUAAAAUAUUCUUUAUCUUUUUUUAAAUUAAUAUUCUUUCUGCACACAAAUAUUACUUGUGUUUCCUAAACCCAGUCAUUUUUAUUAAUUCAGGCAUGUUUUUGCUACACUACUCACUGAAUUUCUUCAGGUAAAGGACAAAUGAUGAUGUCAAAAGAUAAUUAUUUAUUAUGUAAUAGAGUUGCUUCUAGAUUUCAAUGUUGCUGUGUGCCUUACACUGAAAAAUUUAAAAGUAAAAUGUUGCCCAAACUAUUAUAUAAAUAUUAAGAUAGUAGCACUUACAUUUUAACAGUGUUUUCUCAGAAGUGAGAUAAUGCCAAGGUUUACUGUCACUGAAAUCUCUACAGUGAUAGCAAAUAUCACAGUAUGAAAACCUGCUGUUAAAUCCAGCUACAUUUAUUAAACUGCAGUGAGAAGAAUUUGGUCUAGCUUUUAGUGAAGCAAAGCACUCAUUUCAUUGUAUAUAAUUGCUUUUAAAAUCGCUCUUGGCUCUGUACAAUCCUUUCUGUUAUAUUGACUUUAUAAAUUUCACUUUUUAAAAUAGUGGAAGCUAUUUGUUUUUCUCAUAUUUGAGGAGUGUUAAGAUUGAAGGCGCAAUGCGUGGUGCAAAGUACUGCAAUGAAUUAAUGAAUGGCACAUUAUAUAAAUGUAAUGAACAAAAUUAUCUGUAAAAUAAUUUUAAUUUUUCAUUUUAGUCCAUACCUCAUAUAUGCACAUAUAUGCAUCUUUAUUAGUGUAUCUUGUUAAGAAAUCAAACAAUGAAUUGAGCUGAUUUUAAUUUGGUAUUAAGAAAAAAUAAACAUCAUUUGCCUCCAUACAUUAAGUUGUUUUUAUGGUAUAACCUUUACCACCAAUAUGGCAGAUCCAUCACUACCAGAUUUAAUGUUCUUAAUUGGCUUAAAGGAAAAAUAGGACUGCUGUCUGUGAUUGUGUUUGUUGUUUAUUCAGAUGUUAUGUGUGAAGGACAUGGACCUGCUUGUUUUUCAUAUGUUAUAUAAAAAUCUGAUGAGAUCCCACAUUGUAAUAUUAAAAUACAAUAUUCUUUAUUUUUUUGUUUUUAGAAAAUUACUGUAUGUAAAAAAGAUCUCUCAUUUCUAUUCAUUUUCACUCAAAAUUUUGAUUCUUUAGGAUUAAGUGUUGAAAUUUUGUCUAAAACAUUUCAUAAUUUGUCUCCAGCAUGAGCUAUCAUAAAGAUUUAGACUGACAUUCUGGAUUGCAGUUUUACAUUUAAACUUUUCACUAAGUCUUCCUUAAACCAUUUUUGUUAGUCAUUUCCACAUGUUUCCAAAUGAAUUGUUCAGUUAAAAAAUGUUUUAUAAUUGUGACUAUGAUGGCAUUUAAUUACACACUUAUAAAACUGCAAGUUUUAAAAGCAAUAUUGUAUUUUUUGUCUAUAUAAAAUAACUGAAAUAUCUAAAAAAAUAAAAUAAAAUCGCAUUAAACCAAAUCCACCUUUGUCUAUAUUGCUAAGUGCCAAACAGAAGGAUUGAUUAAUGUACUACUAUAUUGAGGGACUUAUUUCCAGGUGAGAUGCACAUCUAAUAAUGUGCAUGUGUCUGAGUUGAGCUCUUCUUUCCUGGUCGUUCUUACAUACCUGAGGAUUCACCAGUGCUUUGAUGUAUUAUGAACCUGUCAUCAUUGCUGUACAAACUAGCAUGUUUCAGUAUUAAUAGAUUUUAGGUUUUCAUAGC